AUGGCGACCGCUGGACCUCUCUCCGUCCUCGUGCUUCUCCUGCUAGCGGAUAGUUUCGCUGAGAUAAUCGAUCGCGCGCUCGAGAAGGAGUUCUCUGAGAGCGAGCAGAGCGAUGGAGAAAGCAAUGCUGGGGGUUUCAACAACAGCGUUGCUGAGAAACAGGCAGUCUUGGAAACAGUAGCUAGAGUUACCUCGAAGAAAAAUGACAGCAAAGAGGAGAAGCCGUUUCAGCUUCAUGAUGUUUUUACUUUGGAUAAUGAGAACGGACAAGAAGACAUCCCAACAUUGAUUGAUCGCAAGGAUAAUGUGUUCAUCAUAUCAAAUCCAAAAUCAAAAUAUCCUGUACUAAAGUUGGAUCUUAGGUUGAUAUCCGAUCUCGUGGCAGUCAUUGUCUCUGCAACUUGUGGUGGCAUUGCCUUCGCCUGUGCUGGACAACCGGUGAUCACUGGUUAUUUACUUGCUGGAUCUGUUAUUGGACCAGGAGGUUUUAAUUUUGUUAGCGAAAUGGUGCAAGUGGAAACUGUUGCUCAAUUUGGUGUAAUAUUUCUUCUUUUUGCAUUGGGCCUGGAGUUCUCGACAGCAAAGCUACGUGCUGUCCGAGCAGUUGCUAUUCUUGGAGGGCUAUUGCAAACUUUGUUGUUUAUGUGCCUGUGUGGUGUAAUUGCCUCGUUAUUCAGGGGUAAAACUUCAGAGGGGUUAUUUGUCGGCACAUUCUUAUCGAUGUCAUCAACAGCUGUGGUGUUGAAGUUUCUAUCGGAGAGAAACAGCAUCAAUGCUCUACAUGGGCAAGUUACAGUUGGUACCCUGAUUCUCCAGGACUGUGCUGUUGGCUUGCUUUUUGCUCUCCUUCCAGUUCUGUGUGGCACUUCUGGUGUAUUUCAAGGAGUUGUAUCAAUGUCCAAGUCGUUAAUCAUGCUUUUCUCUUUUUUGAGUAUCCUCUCUAUACUGUCCCGUACUUGUGUGCCUUGCUUCCUUAGGCUGAUGAUAAGCCUUUCAUCUCAGACUAACGAACUCUAUCAAUUGGCAUCAGUUGCGUUUUGCUUAUUGGUUGCAUGGUUUUUAUCAUCUCAGUGUAGUGAUAAGUUGGGACUAAGUCUUGAAUUGGGUUCCUUUGCUGCGGGAGUGAUGAUUUCGACGACUGAUUUUUCCCAACACACGCUUGAGCAAAUUGAACCUAUUCGGAACUUCUUUGCUGCUCUUUUUCUUGCUAGUAUUGGGAUGCUAAUUCAUGUGCAAUUCCUAUGGAAUCAUGUGGAUAUUCUACUAGCAGCUGUAAUCUUAGUGAUCACUGUAAAGACACUAGUGAUUGCAAUUGUUGUCAAGGGAUUUGGCUACACAAAUAAGACGUCGCUUCUUGUUGGCAUGUCACUGGCACAAAUAGGGGAGUUUGCUUUUGUUCUUCUAAGUCGUGCAUCAAACCUUCAUCUGGUUCAGGGAAAGCUAUAUCUUUUGCUUCUCGGAACAACUGCUCUCAGUUUGGUGACUACUCCACUGCUGUUCAGGUUGAUACCUGCCGUUGUUCAUCUUGGAAUCUUAUUAAGAUGGUUCUCUUCAGACAGCAGUCAGGCCGAGAUGGGGUGUAGAAGUGAUAUCCUUCGUUCAGAGAGUGGCAAACGCAUAACCUUAUUGGUCCACAGUGCUCGUAAUUCAUGAGACAAGUUUUUAAUAUAGUUCAUGGCACAAUCUUACGGCAAUGAGCUUCGUAAUACUCCUAAGCAUUGGGAAGGAGUUCUUACUGAAAUCUUGAUGAGAAAAUGAAGUACAUACGUGCAUUAUGGUUUUUUCCCCUGGUAAAUGUGAACAUAAUGCAAGGAGAGAGAUUUUGUUGCUUGGGCUGUGGUACACAUUCUCAAUUUUGUACAAAAAUUAACGUUUCUCUUUUGUUUCUCCUCCUUUUCUUCCCUUUGUAAUGCUGUCUUUCAAUGUAUUUCAUUUGUUGUAUUGGUUUUGUCCAACCGUGAAUCUCAUAUCGUUGGCAUCCCAACCAAUGUAGAAAAUAACAGUUAAAAGUGUACGAGAGGUUCAGCUGAGGUGAUGUCCACAGUCCUUACAAAGUGUAAUUGAGGGUACUAUUUCCAUGUCCUACUUGUGAAGUAGCAGAAAAAAAAUUUAUAGGCUAA